UACCUACAUUAAUUGUUAUUUUCCAUUUCAACAUUGUUAUUAAUUUCAAAAUGGUUGAAAAUGUAGGGGAUUUACAUAAUUUUAUACAAUUUAAGUUACUUGCUUCAGACGGAAUAAAGAAAUGUCAAAAUAUAAAUAAUGAAGAAAAAAAUGGACAAAUUAUUAUUUUAGAUAAAUAUAAUUCAAGAGAUGUUUCAAUAAUAAUGAACAGUCUGAAGACAUUCAACUAUUUGAGAAUGAAAAACAAAGAAAAUUUAAAUAACCUUAAUAUUUUUUUCAAAAAUAUUAAGAACAACAAAGAAGUCCACAAUAAAGCACUUGCGAUGUUUAAUUCAAGAUUAAAUAAUAAAUAAUUUUAAUGCUUAAAAAUAAUAAUAUAUUCUUUCAAUCUUUUUUUUUUUUAAAAAAAG